UAUUUAUACUUCUUUUAUUCUCAAUUUCCUAACAUAAUUUUACUAAAAAAUUCUGUUUUUGAGUUUGUCUAAGAAAUGGUAAGGAGAAUUAGUAUUGGACAAUUGUUCCCGUACUAAGCAAAAAUGAGCUGUAUAAAACAUGAUGGCGCACAAGCCGCGAAAAAUGGAAGCUUCUGACGAGACCACGAACCCACGAGCGGCGGUCGGACGGACGUACGUUACUGCUGAAGACGACCCAGUGGCGACCACAAUCGGACGUGACAGCGGCGACAAAGAACGGACAUUCAACUGCCGUCGGAUCACAAAGCUUUCGACGAACACCACCGAUUCUUGUUGCGUACACCCCCAAGCUUUUGACGAACACCACGGUGACGAUCGUGGGCCACGAGAGGUUGUAAAGUCAACAGGACAAUAGGACCCAAUGGAUAUGGAUGCUGUAUCGGAAGCAAGCACAUCAGUCAUUUGUGAUAAUACUAGUGGUCUGGGGGCAGAUGAACAUGACAGUAUAUCUCGAGCUAGUGGAGAUUUAGCAAAUGGCAGUGAAGUCAUAACCAGAUUGGAAUUGGAUGUAGCACGUGCAUCCGAAAAGUUAGUUAACUUAAAUGUUCUCAUGAUGCAUAUUGCUACACGGGAGAGCGAGUUUGAAGCUUUUGCUUUCGAGAAUGAUCAUAUGUUUGAUGAUUCUGUUAAAAGAGCAUCCGAAAUUGAUCUCCUAGCUGGUUUUUUAGAUUCAGAGAUGGACAGGGUGGAUGCUUUCUUGGCGAGGAUUCAAAAUGAUAUCUUUCAUGCUCACGAAUUGAUACCUUUCUGCAAAUUCUCCAGUGAAACUUUAAUGUAUCUGGAAGAAAAGUUGCAAGAUUCUAAAGAAUCCUUAAAACAAUCACAUGAACUGAUCUCUGAUAUUAGAAUGCAGUCAGCAAAGUUGCAGAAGAAUCUACGUUGUUAUUAUAAUGGAAACGGUGAUAGGGGAACAGACUUACAAGAGGCUAGUCAAUUGUUGGAGAGGAAUCCUGUAAUAGACAUGCGAACAGCUGAACAUCAGAUACACAUUCUGAGGAUGCUGGAGAAAUCUCUGGCAAGAGAGAUGGAUCUUGAAAAGAAGCUGACUGAAACAAGUCUAAUGGAUGAUGAGCUGAAACUGAGGCUCCAUUCUUCACAACAAGAUGUUUAUUCUUUGGAGGAAGAAUUAGAAGAUGUUUGUGGGAGAUGUUUUGAAGCAGAAAAUGCAUCAGAGGUCCUCACAGGAAUUUCAAAAGAAUUACUUGGUGGACUUCAACUUUUACAAUUCAAUAUAAAUGGUUCAAUACAGAGAGAAGCUGAGUUGAAAUUAAAAUUUGAAGGCUCCAUGGAACAACUGAAAGCCAAAGAUUGUGAGUUGCUUAAUUGCAAGAACAAGAAUGCUGAGCUGAAGAGCACUUUACACUUGCAAAUUGAUGCCUUGAAAUCCAAAUUGAUGGAAAAUGAACAAAAACUGAUUGAUACCAAUUUUGAGACUAUGACUUUGAAGGAGAAUGUGAAUUUUCUUGAGAAACAGCUUAAGGAAUCUGAGGAAAAAAUUGAAGCACUUAAAAGACAGUUACGAGAAACAGAUAUGCAACUUCAGCAGGCUGUGGCUUCAGCUGAAGCUAGUCAGGAGAAGCAAAACAUGCUAUAUGCUACAAUCAAUGACAUGGAAAAUUUGAUCGAGGAUCUGAAGUUGAAGGUUAUGAAAGCAGAUGGUAGAGCUGAUCGUGCAGAGGAAAACUGCAUCCUAUUAUCUGAAUCUUAUGCGGAACUUAAUGAGGAACUGAGGCUUGUUCGUGGUAAACUUGGUUGUUUGGAGGCAUCUUUGCAACAGGCAGAGUAUAGAAAGAAGGCUUCAGCGAAGGACAUUAAUGUGCGCACUAAAGUUAUAACCAAUUUGGUUAUGCAAUUGGCUAUUGAGAGAGAUCGUCUUCAUAAGCAGCUUUCUUUAUUGGCAAUGGAAAACAAAAUAUUGGGAGCAAAGUUGCAGCAAAAAAAUCAGGACUCUGUCGUUUCAGAUCAGAGUAACACUGUUGAAACCAAAGAAAUUGCAUCCAAGCAAGAUUUUACUACUGCUAUGACUACUGCCUGUCCCAAAGAAAUCCAGGUAGAUCAGACAAAGUUAACUGCUGCCAGCUCUGAGGGAGGAUACAAUGUCAUCAAUUUGUUGGGAGGAUUGUACGACCAUAUGAAAUCACUUUUCAAGAGACCAUCCUCUCUUUUUUGUUUUUUUAGAAGACUCAGGAUAAUGUCUCAGUUGGUGGGAGUACGGCUAACUCUGCUGCUAUUGAAUCUGAUCUAGAGACCACGAGAAGAAUCGAUGUAGCCGUAUUGAGCUCAAAGCAUCUAUUCCUAGUACUGCCUAUUUUAAUCAUAAUUGCUGCGGUUUACUUGUCUUCACUUCAAGAUUAACGAAUUUACAUAACUCAGAAACAACUUCAUUGGCCAAGGAUAGGGUUAUUUCAUUUUGUAUCCUUAACCUCCAAAGAAACCAUUGACAGGUAGAUUUCCGAAUUUUGCUGGUUGUAUUGAACUUUGUAACGUCCUUGAUGACAGUGGAGAAUUUUCCGACUCUUGUCAAUGACUGAUAUUAAAGAUGGGACGAAAUCUGACUGACAAUGAGGAAGUGUGCUGCUAGGCUAAUGAUAUGACUACUUAGAUGGGUCUGACGGAAGAAGGAAAAGGAAGCAUUCGCUUUAGCUUAUACAGGUUCUAGUUUCAACCUCAUUCAUUUGUUUUUCCCUAUAGGUCACUUUUCUCUGGAAACAAGACUUGUUCAGUACUCUUGAAUAACGUUUCUUUGAUUUCUGACUGCUGUUGGAUCUAUUAAAUUGGCAUGAUGUUAAUACAGUAUCGGAUAUGAUCA